AUGCAGGUGUGGUGUGUGCACCUUGGCUCCGUCACCAAUGCCGCCAUGCACAGCUUGUGGUUGGCAUCGGAAGCGUACCGCGUCUUGGCUUUUGUCUUCCACGGCGGUUUCGCAGAGGAGACCAUGGGCGCUGCAGCCUUUCUAGAGGUGGCCACAAGAGGCUGGGAUCUUCGGGUCUCUGCCACCAGAGCCCGCCGGAAUCUGGAAGUAUGUCAUCCCUUCCUGCAGCAAUUCCUAGGCUUGGGUGCGUUCCUCGAAGCUGCUGCUGCCUUGACCAUUGCCCCAUGGGCUGCUCUCGUGGUGGUGUGCAAGCUGGAAGUCCAACAGCACAGCGAUGCUGGUGCCUACGUCGAGAGUGGGACUCUCGUGGCCGCGAUCACCUCUUUGACGGCCAUGGUCUUGGCGAAGGCGGUCUUCCGCACGAUCUCUUCGCCUUCCGAGGCCCUGCUCUACUGUGCGGUCCUGCGGGAGAGGUCGGGGUCGACAGAGGCCCCACCCAUCAGUGUUGAUGCUUUGCUGGUUGGUCCCCCAAAAGACGAUGCCGGCUCGCUGCAGGCGAUCUUCGAGGCGACCGUGGACGAGCCAGAAGGCCUCCACUACGAGCUCGUGGGCCUCCGCGACUCUGAGCGCAUCGUCGACUCAGAGUCAGAGGAUUGA